ACAGUGUCACGUCAAGCGCCCUGCCCUCCCAGCUGCCUUCAGUUUUCCCACCGUCUCAUAUGGGUGUCAUGGGGUUGACUCCCCCUUCGGCCGUGUGCUGUUUCUCAGGGACCCAAUAAGCACUGCUUAUCCAGGCAGGCAUCCGAUCAUUCCGGAUCGCGUUUGAUCGUGACGUUGGGAUACAUUAAUUGUUACCGGCGUGAAGAUGACUCGUGCAGCUGUGCGCGUUCCCAGGCAACCCCCGUCAUGAACGCGCACUGAACGCGCUCACUCUCCGUUUCAUUUCGUCUGUUAGAGCCGCAAAACAUUAGGCUAUUGACUAUGGAAAGCUGAGCCUCGUUCAUUCAUAGACCGAAAACAGUCAAUCAAAGGUCAUUCAGAGCAGCCAGAAAACAAAAGGAUUUUAUUCACACCACAUUUGUGGUUCUCGACAAGGCCUAGGCCAUGGGCGGAGCCAAGAGUAAACCCAAAGAGGUCGGCCAGCGCUCCCGGAGUCUGGACGAUGGCACCGGAGGACACCACUCCAGUCCCAACCCGUCAUCUUACACCCCCAACCGAAGUCCUCCGGUGGACGGCAGCAGACGCGGCACCCAGCCCAUGAUCAACGCAGAGCAGGCGCUGUUUGGAGGAGUGAUCUCCACUACCGUCACAUCUCCUAACAGAGGCGGCAUGUUAGCGGGCGGUGUGACCACGUUUGUUGCUUUGUAUGACUACGAGUCACGAACAGCCUCCGAUUUGUCAUUCAGGAAAGGAGAAUGACUCCAGAUUGUCAAUAACACGAGAAAGUUGAACCCCAGGGAGGGUGACUGGUGGCUGGCUCGCUCGCUGACGACGGGGGAGAGUGGAUACAUUCCCAGCAAUUAUGUGGCACCGUCUGAUUCCAUCCAGGCUGAAGAAUGGUACUUUGGAAAAAUCACACGCAGGGACUCGGAGCGACUCCUCUUGAGUCUGGAGAACAGGAGAGGAACUUUCCUGGUCAGAGAGAGUGAGACAACCAAAGGUGCCUACUGUCUUUCCGUCCUGGAUUACGAAAAUGUCAAGGGCCUAAAUGUCAAACAUUAUAAGAUCAGGAAGCUGGACAGCGGGGGGUUUUACAUCACAUCACGCACUCAGUUCAGUGCUUUACAGCAGCUGGUCAACCACUACCGCCAGCACGCCGACGGCCUGUGUCACUGUCUGACUGACGUGUGUCCAGUGCUGAAGCCUCAGACUCAGGGUCUGGCACGGGACGCCUGGGAGAUCCCACGUGACUCUCUGAGACUGGACGUCAAACUGGGCCAGGGCUGUUUCGGAGAGGUCUGGAUGGGCACGUGGAAUGGCACGACACGCGUGGCCAUCAAGACCCUGAAGACGGGCACGAUGUCUCCUGAGGCCUUCCUGCAGGAAGCGCAGGUGAUGAAGAAACUCCGCCACGAGAAGCUGGUGCAGCUUUACGCCGUCGUCUCCGAGGAGCCCAUUUACAUCGUCACUGAGUACAUGGGACAAGGAAGCCUGUUAGAUUUCCUGAAGGGUGACAUGGGGAAAAUGCUGCGGUUGCCUCAACUUGUGGAUAUGGCCUCUCAGAUCGCCUCUGGAAUGGCGUACGUGGAAAGAAUGAACUAUGUGCACAGGGACCUCAGGGCUGCCAACAUCCUGGUGGGUGAUAACCUGGUGUGUAAAGUCGCUGACUUCGGCCUUGCUCGACUCAUUGAGGACAACGAAUACACAGCCAGACAGGGAGCAAAGUUUCCCAUCAAGUGGACAGCGCCAGAGGCGGCUCUGUACGGGCGCUUCACCAUUAAAUCUGACGUGUGGUCGUUUGGCGUCUUACUGACGGAGCUGACGACCAAAGGCAGGGUGCCUUAUCCAGGUAUGGUGAACCGGGAGGUGCUGGACCAGGUGGAGCGCGGGUACCGGAUGCCCUGUCCCGCCGAGUGCCCGGACUCCCUUCACGAGCUCAUGCUGACCUGCUGGCGCAAGGAGCCCGAAGAGAGGCCGACCUUCGAGUACCUCCAGAGCUUCCUGGAAGACUACUUCACCUCCACUGAACCACAGUACCAGCCCGGCGAGAACCUCUAGAGAGACCCAUCCAGCCAAGUGUGCAAGCAGUGAAAGAGAUAUCAUUUCCCCAAUGCCUCGGGUAAUCUGUGGCAUACCCCAAACCAUAUUGAUCCACAUGGGAUGACAACAGAGCAUCCGGCGCUCUAAUUCAUCCCGUUUUAAGCAACUUAUCGUGUCUUCAAAUGGUCUCCGUGUCACAGCAUCGCCCUCUGUAAUCAUCAUCGCAUGUUUUCCACUGCUUUCGUCUAAAAACAGGAAGUCGAGAUGCAUCUUUUCCGCAUCAGUUCACUGAUCAUUAUGUCCAGGCUUUUUAUUUCCGAAGCGGUGCGGAUUGAUCUGUUUUUCUUGACCUCAAUGUACCACCGUCUUUCUCCUAAAGCUUUUAGCAGAUGCUCCAGAUCUGUCAUUCAUCCUCCUCCUCCUCCUCCUCCCACAAUCCCUCAUUUCUCUCCUCUCCCAUCCCCCUUCAUCAAGCUCCAUCAGCUCCGGUGUUCUUCAUGAACCCUGCGACCCCGUCCACAAGUGUGAGAUGUGAUUGUCCAGUAGGAGGCGUCUGACAUCUGUGAUCGCGGCUGCUUUACUGCCCUCUUCUGAUGAACGGACGUUCCGGUUUAUGUCUUCCAAUAGAUAUCCAGGGUCUGUAUCUGAACGUGGUAUUUUAUGCCUUUUACUGCUAGGAAAUAGCUUUUUGUCCCACUUUGCUUGUUUGUUUCUUUUGUAUCAACCUGGAUCAACUGGAAUAAGAAUGUGAUUGGUUGAACACUAGUCACAUGACAGACAGGGCGAGGGGAAAAAAAAAACGUUCGGACUGAAAUAAUUGAAACUAAACAUUCUUCCUUUUGAUAUGAACUCGUACACAAUUGGAGAAUCGUACAGAAUGUUGAUUUCAUUUGAUAGUUAUUCCACUCUAGUAUUCAAAAUUACUACUGAUAUAUAUAUAGCAUUGUUUUUGUUUAAAGCAGAGAUGACUGUGUAGUCGAACUUUGUGUGCCAAUACAAAGGGAAAAAAAUGAAUUUUGUACUGUUUUAUUAUGUAAAAAAUGUAUUUUUAUUAAUGUAAUUUUUUUGUAUCAAAGACGAUGAGCAGGCUUUGUAUCUAUAGAAUUUAAAGGGAUAGUUUGCUGAAAAAUAACCGUCAUGUCUUUCCAAACACAACUGAGACGUUUAGCCGAAUGUUCAUGCUGCUCUUUUCCAUAUACGAUACUUUUACUUUUAUUGCAUGGGGAAAAUGUCCGCUAAACGCCUCUUUUUGUAUCCUACGGCAAAAAUAACAGCAUAAAGGUUUGGAAAGACUCGAAAAUGAGUGAAUUAUGACAUGUUAUCGUUAUGUGAACUAUUCCUUUUAACACUCAUGAGUAUUGUUCAAGGGAUGUCUCCUCAAAGCUUUUUAAAUGCUUGAAUUUCAAACAUUUGAGCUUUUUCAGUUGUUUUAGCUUUUUUGAGACACACACAAAGUUGCCAAUAUGUUAUAUGCAAAAUAGCCAUUGUUAUAUAUUGAGAUGAGAAGAGGAAGCUCAAGUCUCUAUACUUUACCAUUAUAAGAUUCACAGAAAGUCGUGAACAUGCCUGCUGUGAGGUGUUACACAUUAGAAACCGAUCUUAGCUCAGUUACUGUGAUGGUUUGAGGUACCCGAAUAAAUAUUAUAAUCACUGCUGAGACCGUGUAGAACUCGAUAGAUUUGAAUUGUUGGGUUGUUGUACUGAUAUGAUGAUGGUUGCAUUGAGCAUAAGGGUUUGGAUCUGUGAAUUGUGGGUAACGUCGAGUUGUUUAGAAUGGCAUGCAGCUGUAAUGGCGGUACUUUAGCUGGUAGAUGAGUGACGCCUGUCGAUAUACUGUAAAUACUUUCGUUUGGUUACUGUAAAUAUUCUUUUCAUAUUUAUUCAUGAUCAGCAGAUAUUUGCUUGUUUCGCCCCUCAAAAAAAAAAAAACGCAAAGAACAUUGUUGCUGCAACGCAAAUCUGUUUGUUUUUUUCUAAGAUAUGCAACUGAAAUGUAAUGCGAUUGCUUUUUAAUGCUGAAUAGAGAAGCGGCCAAUCACAAAUCGGCAAGCCACCAUGUUUUAGUUGCUGUGUAUUUAUUUAAAAUCUCCUAUUUUCGCCUCUUGCGUUACACUAAGUAAAUCCCCUUUAAGAAUAAUUUCUUUACGUGUGACUCGCAGCACAUUGAAGUACUGUGUUUUAUUAUUUCUUUUUAAUUAUUUUACCUUGCAAUAAAUCUGCGGUUGAUUCUGAUAGGUUGUUACAAAAGUUAAACUACACUAUGUGCGUCGAGGAUAUUUGACAAUGGCAUGUUCUUGGUCCUGAGUGAAAUGACGGCAUAUGUGUUGUAGAAAUGGAGAAUAAAACAAUCACAAAGAAAGAAAAUUAAUCAGAUCUACAAGUAACUAGAAUAUUAGUGCAACCAUGUAACGCAUUGAAACUAUGCAGUUGUUUAUCUGUGUUUUAACUGCAGUUGCUCACAAUCAAAUUCCAGGUACAAUCUUUCUCCCAGUGUACAAUUCUGCAAUGACCGGUUUUAAAAUAGGAAAUUACACUGAAAUGAGAAAAAAAAAA